CCAUAGUAUGUUUUGGCCGCGGUCCCUUUGCUUUCUACUGUCCGAUCGCGCGCAGCCAGACGAUCGAUUCGUAAGGUCUGAGGCUCUGAACAGGUGUUUUGCUGCUCAACAGGAGGCGAGGCCACGACAGUUUUGUGUGUGUUGUAAACAGAAACUUAUAUUUCCCGGAAUACAACAAAUGGAAUUUCGAUCAGGACCAUGAAUGUCUUUCGGUGCUCUCUGGAAAUGAGGAAAAUCUGAAAGCUCAAGUCUCGAGAAAUAAACGUUCGAAGUUGAACAGAAAUGCUCUUGUUUGUUCUGCUGCUGUGUCAUUUCACUUCAUGUGGACACUGUGCGUGUGUGAUAAACCCCCUGAAAGCAGAGUCUGAUCAGGACAGUAAAGUGUUUGUUGUGGACCAGGAGGCCAACACGUUUUUAGGACGGCACUUGUUGUUCAACCGCUUUGAUUUCGAGAUCUUCACUCCAGGUAAUCUGGAGAGGGAGUGUUUAGAGGAGAUAUGCAAUUAUGAGGAGGCUCGGGAAGUCUUUGAGAAUAUCCCCGAUACAAAUGCCUUUUGGAAGAAAUAUACAGAGGAUAAAGGCGAAUCCCAAUCAAAAAUUGACGUAACAGCAUUGCUGGUGGGCAUCAUCUCAGCUGGAGUCUUUAUUGUGAUAGUGGGCCUUCUCAUCUGGUACUUCUGCCAUGGGAGAAAUAAAGAUCAUGGUUUUAGAGGAUCCAUCAGGCGACGAUCCACCAGAAGCAAUGCCUCAGUGGUAAUCCGGAGACUGGAGGAGGUCUCUCUACACCCUAUUCCACAUCCACUCUCAGAAGACGGCACAGGUUUACCUUCGUAUGAGCAGGCCAUUGCCAUCACUGGACCACAUGAUGCUCCACCUCCACCAUAUCCUGGCUCCAAGCCAGGCAGCCUUCGACGAUGACAUCAUCAUUUCUCGAACUGAAUCAGCAUGGACUAAGCAGUAUUUUUCUUGCUUUAUAAACUGGAAAUGUGUUAACGCCAAAGGCAUUCCUUUGUAAUGAAAUUCUAGGGAUGAAACGGUACGUGUAUUCGUACCGAACUGUCACAGGCAACAUUCCAAAUAUAGUCAUCAUUCCUAUGCCCUACUCCUUCGAAGGGCAGAGCCCUUGUAGUUUAGACUUUGGAGUGAACAGGGCAUUUGCGUCCAUUAUGUAGACGUUUGGAAUGCACUUGGCAAAGGAAGCAUGUAAUUUCCUCAUCUUCAGCUGGCAUGUUCCUGUGACAACGAAGCAUUGUGUCCGUCCGUCCGUCUGUUUUAACGGCGUAAUUUAAGCAUAAAACCUAUUUGCAAAUAAAUAAUACAUUUUAUAUUUUGAAACGUUUUAUAUAUAUAUAUUAGUGUUUAUAUAUUAUAUAGCAUAUUUAGCAUAAAAAACAACUUUUUAAAAUUCAAAAUGUAUGUUUAUUUGCAAACAGUUAGGUUUUAUGCUUAAAUUAUGCCGUUAAAACAGUGACAUCUGCUGACGGACACAAUGCUUCGUUGUCACAGGAACAUGCCAGCUGAAGAUCAGCUGUCCUUCCUUUGCCAAGUGCAUUCCAAACGUCUACGUAAUGGCACUGGUCACUCCAAAGUCUAAACUACAAGGGCUCUGCCCUUCGAAGGGAGGUAGGGUAUAGGAAUGAUAACUUCAUUUUGGAAUGUUGCCCUCGACAGCUCGUGACGGUUCGGUACGAAUACGCGUACCGUUACAACCCUAUGAAAUUCCCAGGAAAACAGAUGCAUCGUAGCUUUUAGCACUAACUUUGAAGCAACGAAAUCACCGUCUGGCCAGUUCCAAGAUAACUUACACAAUCAAAUGCCUUCAAUUGUGUUUCUAGUUUCUAUUUUGUAAAUUCUUCUUAAUUUUUUUGUAAUGAUAUAAAACUUUAAAAAUGAAAAACUGGUUUUGAUAUUAAUUAUUGUAACAAAUUGAAAGACUGAUCAUGGUUUCUUUUUAUUUAACAUGCUGGGCUUUUUAUGGAGAAAAUGUCUUUUUUUGUAAAUGUCUUUUAUAGUUUGACUUCUAAUGUGUUCUGCACAAAUACAUGCAUGCAUAUUUACAGCUGAAGGAGAAAAAGUGAUUGUUUCAGGGCUUUCUUUAAAAAAUGUCCUGCUAAUUCUGUCAUCAGCACACCAAAUACAAGAUUACCUCCUUAUUCUCGCAUCAUGAAGAUCACGUCAGUCUUGAACUAGAGUGCUAGACCUUGUGUAUAUAGGUAAAUAAACUGUUGCUUUUGUCUUUGAACUUUCUUUUAAUUUAACAAUUGCGUGUUCCAGCAAAGAUUUCUGGAAGUUGUUUUGAUGUCUUUUACAAAAUAGUGGCUGUUCUUUGACAUUAUCAUGAUAUCAUUAUGAGCUAUUAAUAGACCCUGUAAUAAACUUUGGUGUUUGUUGACUAUUUCUGUAUCAGUGUUUGUG